AUGCAUAACCCCACGCCAUCACCGUCCAACCCAGUUAAGAGUGGCAAGGAUCGUAACACGAGUUCGAAAAACGAGCGUCAAGCUAAUUCACCUAGUAGUGCUUUCAGAACUAAUGUUAGAAAUACCCCAAAGAAAAUAACUUUUUCUUGUUGUUUUUGUCAAGGCGAACGCAGCGGUAAGGUCUGCACGAAAUACAAUACUUUAGAGACUAGAAGAGCUUGUAUCAAUGAAUUACAACUAUGCUUUGGUUGUUUACAAAAGGGUCAUCGUUUAUUUGAAUGUAACAGUAAGAGUAAGGCAUAUUGUUUUAACUGUAAUGGUAAACAUCAUACAUUCUUAUGUGCUAGACUAUUACCUAAUUCUACAAGCGUCAAUGUAAAUUCGUCUCAGCAACCUUCUAGCACCAAAUCAGGUCGUCAUAGAGUUGAUAAUAAGCCUAUAGAAACCGCUCAAUCGCAGCCUUGUUUCAGUACUAGUCAGAAAUCUGCAGCCACGAGUAAUCAGAGUAAUUCUCAGAAUAAUGGUAACAGUAAUCAAGUAGCUGUGAAAAAUAUCGCAUCUCUUCGACCGACAGCGUUACCGACAGCCACCCUUCUAUUGAGUAAUGAUGGGAAUCGGAUCCCGGUUCGAGCAUUUUUAGACAGCGGAUCUCAAAGAACGUUCAUUAACCCAGAUGUUGUUGAGAAAUUGAACAUAGUGCCCAUAAAACAAGUGGAACUGAAAUUAAUUCCGUUUGGAGAUAAUGUUGAAACUAAAAUGUUUGAUGUAGUAAGAGUAAUGGUUCGAGCAGGUACUAAACGUAUCAAAUUAAAUGCUGUUGUUUGUAAUCAUGUUAACACUUCCAUACACACACCUGGUCUACACAACGUGUAUCUGCGAUUGCAAGAACGAGGUGUUAAACUGGCAGAUAAGAAUAUUGAAUCAGAUACCCUCAGUGAUAUAGGUUUGAUUAUUGGUGCUGAUUAUUAUAAUGCAUUUGUGUAUUGUCACGAUAAAUAUGAUGAUGUAUGUUUGCUUGGUAGCACCGCCGGUGCUGUUAUUUUUGGUCCUAUACCCAAUUGGGCUUGUAAUGUUAUCAGUGAUGAUGAAAAUGUAAGAUCUGUAAUAAGUACACAGAGUAUAGUUUGCUCGAGAGUCACUGCUUCUGUAAAUCCUCUUGACGGUGAGGAUAUUUCUAGACUGUGGUCAUUAGAUACGAUCGGCAUCGGGAAGGAUGCGCGAUCCUAUAACGAUCAAGCAGCGAUUGAACAUUUCAAUGAGACUAUUGUAAAGACUGAUAACAAAUAUACGAUUGAUUUGCCAUUUAAGAGCGAUGCCAGACCCCUACGGGUUAUAAAAAAGCCUUAG